AUGUCGUCGGCAGGUCAGUCCCUGCUGGCUCUCCUGCGGCCGUCGCGGAAAGCGAAUGGCACAUGCACGGCGGCAACCCAGGAAUCGCAUGGAGCACGCUUUCCUUUGCCGCCGGGCGACGGAGGCGUGAGUGGAAGGCUCGACGCAAGCGGGAGCUGCUCUUCUGCGACGCUCAGCCUCCUCCCGGGCCUCGCGAGUGCCCAGGGGGCGGAGGGGCACGCUGAGAAGGCGCGUGAGGAGAAUCACGCUUGGAAAGAAGGGAUGUCUGGAACAGGUUUUCGCGUAUCAUCAGACUCGUGUACUUCUUCACCCGGGUACGUGUCGGCUUACUACGGUUACGCCGCGAGACGCGCCGAGGAGGCCUUGAGAAGCGCCGCCGCGGCGCAGCCGGGCGUUUGCAGCGCUGGGAAACAGGGUCAUCAGGAAGCAGGGAAGACACGUGCGUCGUCUUCGUCAUGUCCUUCCACGUCUUGUGCCGCUCUCGCAGGCGGUGAUGUCUCUCGUGGGAAUGUGUCUAUCGCAGGUGUGACAUACGUUUCUGCCGAGGUCACCGGGCAGCGGCACGCCUCCAGCCUCUCGCUCUCUUCAGCAAACAGCUCAGUUUCCUCAGGUGUUCGUACAGCUCAGCAGGGCUGGCUCGCGCCGCGGGGAUUGGCGGACCCUGCGAUUCUUUCAUCGCAUGUCUCGACUUCGGUGAGCGGCACCACGUUCACAUCUACUACGCAAGAAACGUCGCUUCGGCAGCCCGCGUCGUCUGCCCCGACCUACUUCUCACACCGUCCCGCUGUUGAGGUCGCAACGUCUUCGUCUUUCCCUCGCACCGCAGCUUCCGAGGAGCGCACAGACGCCGCUCCAGCGUUUUCCCACACCCCUUCUUCGGUGCCGAUCCCGCAGUUUUCGUGCGCCGCGGCCUCCCUCCUCGCGAGGAAGGAUGCUUCUUCCGGGCGGUUUGCGGCUGACAGGGCGCUGCCCGCCUCGAGCCGAGGCCCUUUUUCUGCAGCGAACCUCACGCAGUACAGCGCCGCGUCUCCUGCGAGUGACGGCAUGGAGCGAAGCAAGGUGCCGCUCGAGCUCGACGAGGCUGCGCCUUCGGCGGGAACGGAAGCAUCGCAUUCUGCUUCGAUUUCAAACACUACGCGGGCGUUGCUCGCCGCCUUGAGCGUAUCGAAACCCGCGUUGGCGUCGCGAUCCCGGCGCGACGAAACUUCUGUGCUGAACGCGGGCUCGGCGCCGUCGGGGGCGAUAGGUUUGCCAGGUCCAUCUGCUCCAGCAGAUCCUGCCGCUGGAGGAAAAACGAGUUUCCCGUUUGCGGUCUCUGCGCAGACGCCGCAGGUGUCCGCAGCGUCGGUUUGUGAACGCAGCAGGUUCGUCGUCGCCUGCCAGCAAAAUGCCGCUGGCUUCCCGGAAGCGUUUCCAGGCGCGCUUCCUGAAAAUAAAUGGCAGGUGGAACAUGGACAGGAAAGGCGGCAUCUGUCGGGGGGCGGAGACGCGUCCCGGUGUCUAGACAGCCGCACGAGCGCAGGUGGCGUUCAGGGAGGAAUGGAAGUGCCGCUUUCAAAUGAAGAUCGAGCAAGGGAACACGUGCUUUCUUUCUCAAGUUCAGUUUCGUGUGUGACGAGUCGCGUCACAGCUCGAUCUACCCUCUCUCCGCCUCCUCGUCCCGACGCGGCGUCUAUCGCGCUGGGUGGUCGCGACGUGUCGCCGCCUUCCACAGUCGCUUCGGGCGCAGUUUCUGGACUGCGUUGGGCUCAGCAGCAGGUUUUUGGUGCGUUUCCUUCUCCCCUUUUGCAUGAGGGCUCUGCGAAUCGAGGCGGGCGUCGCGAAGACCGCGGCGCCGCGGGGGCGGGCGAGGAUGACGGCGAAGAGAAGCGGAGGGACGACAGGAGGGACAAGGAGAAGAAGAAGCGGAAGAAGGAUAGGGAAAAUGAGGAGAAGAAGGAACGUGAGGCAGCCCCGGGCGGUGAUGUCAACGGAAGCAGUACGAGUGUAAAUGGCACCGCAGGCCCAGGAGGAGGGGGUAACGAGGCGAGUAACGUGACGUCAGAGAGAGAGAAGGCGGUGAGCAUCAAAGAGAAAUGCCGCGAUCCAGACCUUCUCGACGAAGCGCUGCUCGACUGCUACGGACGAUUCAUCACGCUGCUUCCGGAUGCAUUCCUGAGAGAUCGCAUUCAUCUCUACUUCCAAAUUCAAGAAGCCUUCUGGUGGUACGACGACAUCUGGUGGGAAAAACACGCCGACCGGCUUCCUAAACUGACUUUGAAAGACUUUGGCUGUCUCAUCUGCCACGACUGCCCCAUUCUCCAACAUUACAUCCCCCCUGAGAAACACGACAAAUUUCUCGCCAACUGGAAACGCUACUGCCGCACCAUUCCUCUGCGAGGAGCUAUCAUCCUCAACGAAGACCUCUCCAAAUGCCUCAUGGUCACGGGCUGGAAAGGCGGGACGUGGAUGUUUCCUCGGGGGAAAGUCGACGAGGGCGAGCAGGACGCGGUGUGUGCGUGCCGGGAGAUUUGGGAGGAGAUUGGGGUCGAUAUUUCGCCUUACAUCGACGAGGAAGUGUACGUGGAGCACGUUUUGGAAGAGCAGCCCAUCAAGUUGUUUAUCAUUCCGGGCAUCAAGGAGACUGUGAACUUCCAGCCGCUUAAGCGGAAGGAGAUCGGGCGCAUCGGCUGGAUCGACACCUGGAGACUGCCCAGUUGGCACCUGUCCCCGCUGACUCCGCCCGGUCCGAACACCGCGCUGAAUCUUGAACAACAGAAACAUCUGCGAACAUGGCAGGUGGAGCCCUUCAUUCCGGCGCUGCGGGGAUGGGUGGAGCUCCUCAAGCACUCGGGGCGACGGCUGACCGUCUCGCCGUCUGCCUGCGGCUCGCCCGCGGCGACCUCGACCCGCAAGACGUACGGCGAGAGCCCUGAGGCCUCCUCCGCAGCGCUCCAGAAGCUUAGGGCCUCUUCGCCCUCGGCGUGCAUCGCCGGCUGCUUCUACCAAGUCGCGCCCGACGUGCCGCGCCACGUGAUUGAGCAUCUACAGGACGCGGCGCGGGCCUUCCCGUGUGCGGCCGUCUCCUCCUCUGCAGGCCUUCUUGCCAAGCCCGUCGGCGUUUCUCGCGCGUCGCCUUCGCCGCAGAAAGCGCCGUUCGUCGUCGGCGGACUGCAAUACUGCGACGCGUUCCAGGCGGCGACGCACGUCUCUCGUCCGCCGCAGAGACAGAUCGGCACGCUACCCUGGUCGGGCUCCGCGACGACCGCAGCCGGCGCGGGCGGCGGGAAGGCCCGUCAGCAACCGCAGCAGAGCCGCGCUGGAGUAGGUCAGGCCCCUUUGGGCGUCUCCACGCCGCCCAUCGCGUGGGGCGCGGCGCCGUAUGGACCCGAAGACGUGGGGUCUCAGACUGAACAAGAAGGCAAUUUCGAUUACGGAUGCCAGGUCGGGGGUUCGUCGGGCUUCUCGGGCUACAGUCUCCCUGUCGCGGGGCGCGGGCGCGGGCACCUGAUGAUGGGGAUGCGACUGAGAGAAGUCGGGAUCCGCAGCUUCGACGACCAAGAUGUCGAGCGCCGCCGCGCGCUCCAGCAGCGGACCUGCGGCUUCUCGCCCUCGAACGCGUUUGCUUCAGGCAACGAGGACUGUUGGCCGUCCUCUUCGAAGCCCACCAAGAAUGCGCUAAGACAGGGCGAGAGCCUCUCGGGAGAGCCCGGGAUCGCGGGGGCGGGCUCGGGGUCCCAAAAGGGCCACCAGGCGUCUCCCAGCAGUGGGAAUAAGAAGGCGGGUGGUGCUUCGGGGGGUGGCGAGUCUCGAGACGCACCCAGCGGGGGACCGGCGUCUUCUCUGCACCUUGCGACGCCAUCUAGGAAGCAAGUCACGUCUCUCGACGAUAUGGGCGUCACGUACCACAUGAACGGCGCCUACAAGGAGGGGGGCGACAAGGCGGGCGGGGCAUCCGCGAAGAAAACUCGCGCCUGGGGAAAGGACAAAUGCAACAACUCGACUUUUGGAGGCGGGCACGGCGGCGGCUGGAGCGUCGAGGAGAUGUUCCGUUUCAACGAAGAAAACUUUGGGGUGGUGUCAACGUACGACAUCGAAUCGUAUACAGUCCCUCUCCCAAAGAAGCGAGUCUCGCCUCAGACCGCCGCAGCCGCUUCUGCCGCGACGGGGCAGUCUCCGUCUUCAGACACCCCUUCGAAGGCGAAGCCGGCCCUGCGCGAAAUCGGGGUUGCGGGCGCGGCAGCCCGCGGCGGGCGUUCCAAGGAAGCCUGCAGCGGUGCCGAGUGUUCGGCGAUUGCGGCCGUCGGCAGAGAAUCGGCGGAGACAAGAACGGGCGGCCGGGCGAAAGAGGAAGAGACAGCCGCGGUGAGGGAGCCGCACAUCGACGCAGGCGACCCCACCCGUGCCUGCCGCGCUGAGGAGCUCCAGAGCGACCGCCACUCGCAGGCCUCCGCCGCCCUCCUGGGGCUGCUCAAGGCAGGCGGCGCGAAUCGCGCUGUGACUCCCCGCCGAGCAGCCAACGAUGGCAAGGGCAAGGCAGACCGCGCAGGGCGAGGGAAGCCUGCCGCAGGCGCCGAGGGUGCAGCGCCCGUGGGCGCGAGUGAGGCGACGAGGGUGUCUCCUUCAGCCGGCCGAGAAGACGGGGCCGGCAGGGACGCAGGGGCGGUCGUGGUGAAGGGGCCCUUUGUUUUCGAUGCGUUCCUGCAGAAAGUGAAGGAGGAGCAGCAGAAGCGCGCGGGUGUCGCGGCGGAGGACUCGCCUGGGCUCGUCCGAGGGAUUGUAGGUUCACGGGGUGUCAAACUUUCGGAUCAAACGGCAGAGGGGAAUGAGUGGGAAGCUGGUCAGGAGGAGACCCCUGUCGACGGCGACAGCGGCACUGCGGGGUCGCUGCCUAAGACCCCGUGGUCCGUCACGCCUCCUCAGUAUGUCGCGGAGAAGCGGCGGCGCCAGCAGGAGGCGGGAAAGGCCAUCGACUCUCUGCCUUCCGCGCCGUACAUCCACUCGAUCGAUCCCACAUGUUACAUGAGUGAGGGGCCCGCUCUGGGCCGGCUGGCCCGGACGGCCAACCCCGAGAGACCCCUUCUGUCACCGGAGGGCGCGGUCCACGGCGGGGAACUCAAGGGCGGCGCCAGAGGCAGAGAGGAACGGGAGGAAGGGCUGAGUGAACUCGCGACCCCGGCUAGCGGGCUGGAUGACGCAGACGACGCGCCCCAGCGCAGGGUUCUCCCCGGUGGUCCUGGGUCGGGGGGGGGGCCGAGUGCCCCAGUCUUCGAUACGGCGCCGGAGACAGGCGUCGAAUUGAAGGAAGGCGAGGGUCGUCGUCCGCGGGGGAAAGGCGCCGCGUCGAAACAGGGAGUGUCUGGGCAGUCUCAUCAAGGCCGACCCCGCGAGCGGGCGGACGAGAGAGACGAGCGGGGGCAGGCGCCCCAGAAGGGAGGGGGCGGCGCGGGGCGGCGCGGGACAGGAAAGGACGCCGAUACGAAACCGCGACCCGAAUCGCCGCAGCAAGAGGCAGACGGGGCGGAGUCGAGCGCGAAGCGCGAGAAGAAGUUGCGCCGGGGAGGCCAGUCGAAGCGCGCGGGCGGGUCGCGGUCGCAGGACGCCGGCGCCGCGCGGGAGGCAGACAGUGAGAAGACGAAGGGUGUUGAAGACAGUGAUUCGCAGGAGGAACCUGCAUCGACUCAGGGCCACUCCAUUCUGGGGAACCUCAAGCGCCUCGGCCGAGACGCGCCUGCGGGCAUGGGCGGCGGGGGGCAGGCCCCUGCGAACCGAAAGGGACGAAUCGCGCAGACAUCCAACGGCAAGCCGAAAAAGUCUGAAGAGCCCGCCUUGGGAGUCAACGAAAACGUAAGUCUGCAUCGCAUUUUGGAGCACCUCGACCUGAAUGCCAGUUCGGAUCGCCCAGGCGCUGCAUGCCGUGCAGGGGUGUGGGAAUCUCUCGGGACGGCGGGUGCCCGGCUCACGAGGCGAGCGCGCAGGCAUUCUGCACACGCACGCGUAGGCGCUCAGUGUGUCGCUGCCGAAUUCCUAGGUUAG